AAUCUUGGCAGACCACAAUUCCGCCAUUACUUCUGUGUAACAAAACAUGCGGUGAAGCAGCGUGUUACUCGAGGCGCCAAGACUUUACAAACGACUAGUUAUCACUCGACCCUCUCCCAUACCACCCCCUUCGUGUGCUUUGCUUCAUCUUGAGAUUAAUUAUUCUGGAGUCAAAAUGGGUUGGGCUCAGAACUACGAAUUCCAAGAAGACUGUACAGAAGAGAGCGAGGAUGAGUAUCACGCACAACCACAGCCAUCCGAGUCUGAAGAGGAGGACAGUGAUCUCGAUGCAGAUGCCGCGCAAUCAUUCGGCCCCCGCACGACUUCGGAACGGAAGAGAGCCCAGAAUGAAAUCUUCCGUGCAUUUGCGACUGUCAAGGCUAGUCAGAUCACAGAAAAGGAAGUCAAGGACACCAUCAAAAGCGCAAAAGACGAGGUUCUGUCCAUCCAAGCUAUUCUGGCCAAACAAGAGAAUAGCUCUCGAAUCAGUACUCCUCGCGACUAUCAAACGGAGCUCUUCCAGCGAGCAAAGGAUGAGAAUAUCAUCGCUGUGUUGGGUACAGGCUCAGGCAAAACUCACAUUGCUACCCUGUUACUUCGACAUAUACUUGACCUAGAAGUUGAAGCCCGUGCCAAAGGAGCCCCUCCCAAGAUUGCCUUCUUUCUCGUUAAUUCCGUCAACCUUGUGUUCCAGCAGUCCAACGUGCUGCGCUGUGGUCUGGAUCAUGGUGUUGAAGGUAUAUGCGGCGCUAUGGGUGCACGUCUUUGGGAAAAAGCCACCUGGGACAAACACUUCGAAAAGAACAUGGUCAUUAUAUGCACUGCAGAAGUCCUCUUUCAAUGCAUGAUGCACUCUUUUAUCGGCAUCCACAAGAUCAACUUACUGAUCUUCGACGAAGCUCACCACGCAAAGGACAACCAUCCAUAUUCUCGCAUCAUGAAGGAUUACUAUAUGGCCGAGCCUGAUAUCAGCAAGCGACCAAAAGUUUUCGGGAUGACAGCCUCUCCAGUCGAUGCGAAUAAAAACAUCAGUCAAGUCGCCAUGCAGCUCGAGAAGAUGCUCCACUGCAAGAUUGCAACUACGUCUGACCUGACGCUCGUUGCCAAUGCCAUCAAUCAGCCUGACGAGGAAGUUGCACAGUAUUCUCGGUUGCAUCAACCCUUCGAAACUGCCUUACAUCAAGAGUUGAAGUCCCGAUUCGGAGACGUGGAUGACUUUCAGAAGUUGUUUAGGGCGUCGAAGCUAAUCAGCACCGAGCUCGGCCGAUGGGCGUCCGAUAUCUACUGGUCAUUCGCAUUCACGGAAGAAGCGACUCGGAAGCGCGAAAUUCGUCAGGAAUUUCAUCACCACAAGACGUUCCAAGAUGGAGGAAUGGAAAAGCUCAAUGAUCAACUCGCUCGUCUGAAAGAGGCAGCUGCAUACGUUCAACAGCUCGACUUCGGUGUGCCAAUGGCGACCCCACAAGACCUCAGCUCGAAGGUGCUAGUGUUACAUCACUGGUUAAAUAACUAUUAUCAUCGACAUGGCGAGCAUAGAUGUAUUGUCUUUGUGACCCGACGGCAGACAGCUCGUCUGUUGCAAUUGAUCUUCAGCCAUCUAGGCGGCCCUUUCCUCAAGAGCGAUAUACUGGUCGGCAUCAAUGCAAUCGGGCAUGAUUUCAACGUAUCCUUGAGAAAACAGAUCAUAACGGUAGCGAAAUUUCGCAAAGGGGAUAUCAACUGCCUAUUCUGCACCUCUGUGGCAGAAGAGGGACUGGACAUACCUCAAUGUAACCUGGUUAUCCGAUUCGAUCUUUACAGCACAAUGAUCCAGUACGUCCAAUCUCGGGGCCGAGCGAGGCACCAGAAUUCGAAGUACCUCCACAUGGUAGAAGAAGGUAACAUGAAACACCGCGAGGCUGUCUAUGAAUCAAGAACUUCCGAAGCAGUGAUGAAAAACUUCUGCGAAGGUUUGUCUGUGGACCGCCUGCUCGAUGACGAGGACUCAAUGGUGAAUUUACCGGACAUGGAUCCAGAAUACAUGUCAUAUACCGAUCCGGACACCGGAGCCAAACUCACAUACAAGUCAAGCUUGGCAGUACUGGCACACUUUGUUGCUUGCCUCCCGACCUCGAACCACGACACUAUUUUGCAGCCUACAUACGUUGUCAGCCAGGCCAGCACCAGAGAUGAUCCAGAUGACGAUAUGCAGACUGGCUUUCGAUGCGAGGUCAUCCUUCCAAGUUGCUCCCCCACCGCCUCAAUGGUUGGCAAAGCGUGCAGACGAAAAAUAAUCGCAAGAUGUUCUGCAGCAUUCAUGAUGUGUAUGGAACUUCGUGAACGAGGAGAUCUUGAUGGAAACCUGCUGCCUACCUACGAAAAGAGAUUGCCUGCCAUGCGAAAUGCACAUCUUGCCAUCAGCGAAAAGAAGAAGGGUCUGUAUCCGAUGCGUACAAAGCCUGAAUUCUGGAAUAUCAAUUCUAAUUGCGUCCCCGGCCUCCUCUACCUGACUAUUAUCGACGUGUCCUGUGGCCUAGAUCGACCGCAUCAACCUCUUGGUAUUCUCACGCGCACUCCCAUGCCUCAGCUGCCUCGAUUUCCGAUAUUUCCGAAGGAUAAUCGGGCCUCUGAAGUAGUGUCGGUGUCUCUUACAACCCCUCUGGAAACAAAUGAUCAGAUGCUCCAGCAGUUCACGCAGCUCUUCCUAGUUUUGUAUGAAGACGUAUUCAACAAGGUAUUCGAGCACAAUGUCACCAAAAUGCCAUACUGGCAGGUUCCCAUCAAACUGGAACGAGCUGGAUCAUUUAGCUCGACUUCCAAGCCUGGAGACAUCAUAGACAUGGAGCAAAUACAACUAGUGUGCAAUCAACGCGAACACAGGUGGACACCAGAAUCAACUGCCAAGGAUCUCUCCGAUAGGUACUUUGUUGACCGAGGUAAUGGUAGCCGACGGUUCUACGCAAUCGCCAUAGCACCCCAAUAUAAAGCGCUGGAUCCCGUGCCGGAAUCUGCCCCAACCUACAGAUACGACCGGAAUAUUCUGGACUAUUCAGUCAGUCUUUGGAAGUCUGCUCGUGAAAAGGCGAAGUGGAACGAGACACAGCCGGUGAUACAGGCCGAGUGGAUACCUUUCCGCCGUAAUUUCCUGGCGACCGUCGAGGAUAAAGAAAAGGCUACUAUCAGGGGGAAAAAUGUGGCAUUUGUAUGCCCGGAGCCUUUCAGGAUAUCUACAAUAUCCACACGAUUCAUCGCCAUGUGUUAUGUGUUUCCGGCCAUCAUUCAUCGCUUUGAAGACUAUCUCAUUGCUCUGGAGGCUGCUCAAAUGCUCGCUCUUGACAUAGGGCCUGCUUUGUGUUUGGAAGCAGUUACCAAAGACUCCGAGAACACAGAUGAGCACAGUAACGAGAAAAUCAAUUUCAAGAGUGGUAUGGGUCCCAACUACGAGCGUCUCGAAUUCUUGGGUGACUGCUUCUUGAAAAUGGCCACCUCCAUUUCAACCUUUGUACUGCAACCCGACGAGAACGAAUUCGAGUUCCAUGUGAGGCGCAUGGUAAUGCUGUGCAACAAAAAUCUCUUCAAGGCCGCAAUGAAACUGAAUCUGGUUGAUUUUGUUCGGACGGAAUCAUUCUCACGUCGUACAUGGUAUCUUAAAGGGCCAGUUCUUCUACAGGGUAAAGGCCCCAAAUCAAGCGGACAUGAGGUUAUCAGGCAUUCCCUAGGCGAUAAAUCGGUCGCAGAUGUGUGUGAAGCAUUCAUCGGUGCUGCUUUCAUGCAGCACCAUAGGGAAGGACGCUGGUCUCCAGAAAUGUGGGAUCAGGCUGUAAAAGCCGUGACUGUAUUCACAAACACAGAAGACACACAGGAUCACCAGAUGGAGAAGUUCUCCGACUAUUACGCAGCAUACGAGAAACCAAAAUACCAAGUGGCGGAACCAACGGCCACGCAACUUGACCUUGCUCUCAAAGUUGAGGAACAGCACCCUUAUCAUUUCAAAUACCCUCGUCUACUCCGGUCCGCAUUCGUGCAUCCGUCGCAAGCUUUCAUGUGGGAGCAAGUUCCAAAUUACCAACGUCUGGAAUUCCUGGGGGAUGCACUUCUGGACCAGGCCUUUAUUAUGCAUUUAUUCUACAGAUACCCCAGCAAAGAUCCACAGUGGCUCACCGAGCACAAAAGCCCCAUGGUUUCCAACAAAUUCCUUGGAGCCGUCUCUGUCAAACUAGGAUUUCACAAACACAUUCGCCAGAAUAAUUCAAUGCUCAGCAGCCAGAUCUACGACUAUGUUGGCGAGAUAGAAGAGGCUGAGCGAGAAGCCAAUGGCGCGGUGGACUACUGGACCACAGUUAUGGAACCACCCAAGUGUCUUGCCGACGUGGUCGAAGCUUUUGUAGCCGCUAUGUUCGUGGACUCGGAGUUCAACUUUCAAGUAGUUCAAGACUUCUUCGAUAUGCACCUCAAGCCGUUCUUCCUUGAUAUAACGGUCUAUGAUAAAUUUGGCCAUCACCACCCUACAACUCGCAUGAUGAAGCUCCUGCACGAGAGUUUUGGGUGCCGUAACUGGCGAAUGGCAACUCACACAACAAAAUCGCUGCUUCCAGGGAAAGAUCAGGUGUUGGCUAUGAUCAUGAUCCAUAACAAGGUGCGAUUCCACGGCGUUGCCGCAAGUGGUCGGUAUGCACGAAUCAAAGCCAGCCACUCUGCGUUGGAGCAUCUGGAUGGACUACCGGAAUACGAGUAUCAGAAGAACUACGGAUGUGAUUGUGCAGAGCAUAAAGAGGAUGAGGAAACGCUGGAGGAGGACCUGAAAGAGAGAAUGGGACCUGCAAACUAG